AUGGCCGAAAGCAAGCGGAACAAAAUGAAACAGAAGAAAAGCAAAAAGUCAAGUCAAAAGAAGAAAUGGGCGGAAGCUUUGGGCAGAACGUCGAACAAACAAGAUUUCAACGACCGGACCAACGAUUCCAAGCGAGAAGCUAAGCAGCAAGCGCAGAAGCAAGUUCAAAGCCUCCAACGUCGUAAGUCUCUAAAUAUAACGAAAAGAGACCCUAUCGUUUACAUCAUCCGGAAGGGGACAUGGGGCAUGUAUUAUACAAUCUGGCGGAAUAACAUCCAGGUGUAUCAUGUCAAGACCGAGGUUUUGGGAGGUCUGACCUUCACCUCGGGAAAACCUGGAUUCCAGGACGGUGUCACGCAUGUGAAAGCCAAGUCCGACACAAUCAGGCUUGAUUUCGACCAGGCCAAGAUAAAUAUAAGACGCAAAUGGAGAAGGAGAGGGUGGAUAAAGCGCCCGCGCAGAUACUACUUUUUCGAUCUCGAACCCGAGAAAGGGAAGGACAGGUUUGUCUGGAAGACCUUUAAGUCGAUGACCAAGGAGGCUUAUGAGAAACAAAAAAAUGAGAAACAAAAGUCUAAAGCGGAUAAAAAAGCGGCCAGAGAGGCAAAAAAGAAAGAGGGGAAGGCAAAGAGGAAGGCAAAAAAAUGGAAGGCCGCGUACCAAACACAGACGAAGAAAAGGCGGCUUUUCCGACAAGCUAAACAACCGCAGACACAAGCGGACGCUCUGAGGAUAUGGGCUCCGUGGGUCAACCUGCCGCCGCGGUCUGAGGGCGACAUCCCUUGGGUUCCGAAACGGAAGGACACCCGCGAAUUGGUCGACAAUAUUAACAACCAGCUCGCCGCCAUCUGGCUUCCGGCGCCCUCCAAGAUGAAAUAUUAUAAGCAAGAGGCCCAUAGAGAAGAUGAGAAGAAUCUCAGCGGAGAGGAGCGGAAAAAAAGGGAGAAGGCCCGGGAAGAUCAGGCCAGGCUGGAUCGGAGAAACAUUGGCGCGAUGAUUGUAGAUGGCGCGUAUGGCGACCGCUUUGCUCAGCAGAUCACCAUGAUACAAUUCGCAAUCUAUAAUAAGAUCCGGCGCAAGAGACAAAGGAAGAUAGUGACGAAAACUUUGAAGGCUGGAUGGAAAGGCUUCAAGUACAGUCAUGGAGUGGGCUUCGUCACUGAGCUCACCAAGAUCAGGAAGGUCGUUUGA